AUGGACCAGGAUGUUAACACUGCGAGAUGGUCAAUCAAAACAUUCUUAUCGCCAGGAAUUGAAGAAAUUCUUCAGCAAAUCUGGAAACCCGAAAACAAUUUUCAAUUUCCAGUAACUGUGAGUUGUAAAAAAAAUUUAAGAUUUCAAUUUUCAUGGUUGUCUAAAUUUACUUGGCUAGCGUAUUCCUUAAAGUUUGAUGGAGCGUUUUGUAAAUUUUGUGUUCCAUUUGCUAAUAACGAAGCAGGAACCUAUUCCCAACCACUUGGUGCUUUAGUCAAAAAACCAUUUCACACUGAUAAUUACCUUAAUAUAAAAAAAAAUCCGUCAUUAUCUAUUGAAAACCAAUUGGAUUCUUGUCAUGCAAAACAAGUAAUAGAAAAUAGAAAAAACAUUAUUCCAAUAAUAGAAGCUAUAUUUUUAUGCGGACAGCAAAACUUGUCAAUCAGAGGCCAUCGUGAUUCUGGUAAAAUUGAAGUAGAAAAUUCGGAACCCAGAGAAAAUGAUGGAAAUUUUCGUAAUAUUUUAAAGUAUCGAGCACUUGGUGAUGCCAAUUUAAAAAAAUUCCUUGAAAGUCCAGGUCGUAUUAAAUACAUUAGUCCCACUAGUCAAAAUGCCAUAAUUAAUGCUUGUAAUUCUGUUUUACUUUCUAAGAUUGUUAAUAGAGUAAAUAAAGCAAAAUGCUUUACUGUCCUUCUGGACGAAACAGCUGACAUAGCUGGAAUUGAACAAGUUUCCAUUUGUGCGCGCUAUGUAAAUCGUGAAACAUGUACAUUGCAUGAAGAUUUUUUACAGUUUGUUCCGACAGCUGAUUUGACUGGCAAAGGAUUAGCUACCUUAAUACUGGACAACUUAAAACAUUUUGGAAUCGAAACACAGUAUCUACGUGGGCAAGGUUUUGAUGGAGCAGCUGCAAUGUCGGGAAUUGUUGGAAAACUUUGGAAUUUUUUUAUAUUUCCUAAACGUAAAGCUGUGCUUUCACUAGCUAUUGAACAAUCGGAAAAUGUGUUAUCAAAAAGAUCAUUAAAAAGAAGUUGUGAAACUCGGUGGAUAGAGAGAUAUCAUUCAAUAAAUGAUUUUUUGGAACUAUUUGAAAGUGUUGUAGAAGCUCUUGAUAUAAUUUCUGAAUGGAAUGAUACAUCUGACACCUCUCAUAAGACGCAAAGUUUAAGAAGUUCGAUUUUACAAUCAGAAUUUAUUAUAGUAUUGCAUGUAACAUCAAAAGUAUUUGGAUUUGGACUACCACUGUCGAAAUAA